AGCGAUCAGAUCGAUGUUAUUUUCUUAAAAUCAUUCUUUUCUUGCUCAUAUACCUUAGAGAUUGCUGCGCGCGUUGUAAGAUGCCUAGAGAUCCGUUAAUUGGGCUGGUCGGAAAGCCAUCCAGCGGAAAAUCGACCACAUUAAAUAGUCUGACAGAUGCCUCUUCCAAAGUCGGAAAUUUCCCUUUCACUACGAUCGAUCCCCAGCGCGCCAUCGGCUACCUUCAGAUAGAAUGCGCCUGUCAACGAUUCAAUGUCUCCGAUAAGUGCAAGCCGAACUACGGAGGAUGUGUGGAGGGACGGCGCUCUGUUCCCAUUGAACUUCUGGAUGUCGCAGGUCUUGUACCAGGUGCACACCAAGGACGCGGUCUGGGUAACAAGUUCUUGGAUGACCUGCGCCAUGCCGAUGCUUUAAUCCACGUUGUGGACGUUAGUGGAACAACCGAUGCGGAAGGCAAAGCUACACGAGGAUACGAUCCGUCACAGGAUAUUGAAUGGCUGAGGUCGGAAAUUGUACGCUGGGUUCUGGGAAACCUCAUGCAGAAAUGGGGUUCCAUCAAGAGGAGGCACAUGGCAGUCAAGGCUACGGCCGUGGAUACCUUGCAAGCCCAGUUUUCCGGUUACGGAGGUACAAAUGCGAUUGUUGCCCGAUGCUUGGAUCGGAUGGGGUUGAAAGAGCCUCUCGAGGAGUGGUCCGAUGAGACCGUCGAGAAGGUCGUUGAAGCCUUCAUCGCAGAGAAGUUCCCGACAGUCUUCGCCUUGAACAAAAUUGAUCAUCCGGAUGCAGACAAGAAUAUUAGCAAAAUCGCUAAGAUGCAAGACCCUCAAACAAUCGUACUCUGCUCCGCCAUCUCAGAAGUUUUUCUCCGGAGGCUGGCAAAACAGGGAUACAUUAAAUACGUUGAAGGAAGCGAAUUCUUAGAUACGAGGGAGGACCUUAUCGAAAUGGGCGAUCCCGAUGGAGGCGGCCUCAAGGAAAUGGACGAGAAGCUCACACAGCGCGUUGAGAACUUGAAAGACAUGGUGCUUUAUCGUUUCGGGUCUACAGGAGUUGUCCAAUGCCUUUCACGUGCUGCAGAACUGCUGGGACUCGUGCCUGUCUUCCCCGUUCGCAACAUCUCCACCUUCUCUUCUGGUGCCGGAACGGCUGUUUUCCGUGAUUGCGUUCUUGUUGGCAAGAAUACCACUGUAGGCGACGUUGCUCGCAAGGUGAUGGGUGACGUACCCAUCUCCUACAUUGAAGGAGUCGGUGGCACCCGUGUCUCCGAGGACGAAAUAGUGGAAGUAGGAAAGCACGAUGUGCUGUCGUUCAAACCUGGUCGAUAGAUCCUGCUAUUCAAGAUUUUAUGUACAGUCAACAUGAUAAUGAAACACAAGUACUGAGAUGA